AUGGCCGCUUUGUUGGCCAACUCUCUUCGACGUCAGUCAUUGUUCCUCCAGUUUUCGGAAAUGCUCAAUGUGCGCCUGUUAAGUUCGGACAAGAAGUCACGCCCUCCACAUCCCAAACCCAAGUCUUUCGAGGAAAGACGGAAGCUCAAGAAGGCUGCCUCCAAGACAACCGGUGCUAUCCCAACCAGCGAGCUGCUGAAAGAUUUUCUCAACCCCCCACGUGCAAAGUCAGACCCAGCUCAAGCGGCUAAGCUGUCGAAGUCAAAAACGAAACCAGAACCAGAUGCUACCGCGACUCCCGAGACCGCCGAACCUUCUGCCGCCAAGCCCAUGCUAGAAAAUGUCAUCAAGUCGAAGGACCUUUUGAAGGACUUUUUAGACGCAAAGGGCAGGCCUGAUCGGAGAUUGGUUCGUCAGCGGCUGUCGUCAACAAAGGGUUCCGUGGUAGACGAGCACUUUCGUUCAAGACGCACGGAAGCUCUUCCACAGCCCGAGCAACUUAGCAUCUUUGACGAAUUGCCUUUUCCCGAAAAAGGUUCGUGCUUAAUAUUCUCAGUUUUUGAUUGUAUUCUAUGGUAG